AUGCUCCUUCUACCCUCAAUACUGGUUGCAUGUACGUUAACGAAGACAACACUCGCUGGUUUCAUAGAAGGAAGUGACUCUGGAUGGCACGGCACCACUAAUUACGGAGUCACGAGUUACGGUCCCAGCGACAAGGAUGUAAAUGUUCAUCAGGAUCUCUCCUCUUACGGGCCGUUUUCUUCUUACGGAAGUGACGGUGAUUUUCACAUCAGCCAUGAAUUUAAUCCCGAACAUACAUUCGUGCAUUCAGUGCCGAUUAGCAAGCACGUGGAAAUCACGAAGCCAGUAGCGGUGCCAGUCAUAACGAAUAUCGGUGUUCCAGUGGCGCAACCCGUGGCGAUUCCCGUGCCCCAUCCUGUGGCCGUAGCCGUUCCUCAACCUUACCCUAUUCACGUACCAGUCGCUCAGCCGAUCGCCGUACCGGUCGUGAGGACCGUCGCGAUUCCAGUGGAAAAGAAGGUGCCGUAUCCAGUGGAGAAGAUUGUACCGGUGCCCGUGGAAAAGGCAGUACCGAUAACAGUGGAGAAACACAUAGCCGUGCCGGUGGAGAAACCGUACCCGAUCCACAUACCAGUUUACAAACAUGUUUUCUAUCGGAAAACGAAAAAUCACAACCAUGGCCACCAUGGUUGA